UCAAAAAUGGCGGAAACUAUUUGUGUCCAAAACUGUGUUUACAUUUGCGUGUAAAGCGUUUGUGGAUGCGUUGGAUCAGCUGUGGUGAUGGCCAACAACCGAUUCAUGUCCAACCUGUCCAACUCGGACACGAGUCUAUGGCUGCACAACAAACUGGGCACCAGUAAUGACUUGUGGUCAGACACCUCGAGUAUCAUUAGUCAACUGAAUGGCGACGUCUUGCGGAACAUCAGAGACUGUUUCGUUGACUUGCAAUCUCAGGUCAAACUCAAACUCCUCCUCUCAUUCCUCCACAUCUCCAGACGUAAUGUCGAACAGUGGAGGACAGAAUUGGAGGAAAUACUGGAAGUGGCGGUCGAGGACACCGACCAAUGGGUCUCAAUGUUGGCUGAAUUGCUGAAGAACUACCCGAACAACGGAACCAUUAAUUUCCAGUUAAACACGAAUUCCUCGUCUUUUAACGAUUUGGUCAUCGAAUUGAAGAAAUUGGUGAAAAAACACGGCGACAAAGGUAUCCUUCCUCUGGAGUGUCUUUACCUAAAUAAGAGCGCAUUGACCGCAACGGUCGGCCAAUUGGCGCAACCCAUCAAACACUUCGCACUCAAACGAAAGCCCAAAUCCGCGACUUUGAGGGCAGAGCUCUUACAGAAAUCCAACGACGCGGCCAACGGUCGGCGCAACUCUACCGGACCCUCAGUUGCCAUCCGAUGUCGCGGUCUUAACAACGACUCGACCCCACUGAAAGGCAUUCCCAGUCGGAACUCAUUUGGUUUGUCGCAAACGCCUGGCUUUAAGACGCCUUCAAACCCGGCCAACAAAAUGGGCGCAAAUCUGAACAACAGAUCGCGACUGAGUGUGGGAGGGGUUAAGAGGGACGGAGGCAUCAAACUGUUGGACAUUACGGAACAGCCGUUGGGAAGGGAUAGCAAACGGCGUAAGAAAGUGCAGAACGAGGACAACGACAACAAACACAAAGACGUGGAUAAGACGGAAGCCGAACCCAUUACACCCGACUAUGCGGCCGGACUCACAUCCGUACCUCCGAGUCCGGCGCCGCCCAGUUAUGCCCCGCCGGCCACUCCCUCACAGCAACCGACCGUUGUUUCCAAUGAGAGCUACUCUCAAAUGCAACCACAGAUGCAAACGACACAACCGACGGUCCAAAGCGCACCUCCAGUACAGCAGCGGUUCGUUGUUAACGAUAAUUAUGUCAAUCAAAACGCGGACAACAGUGCCGUCAAAGCCACUGUUAAACCAAUGAAAGCGGUCACUGCUGUGAACACACCGUUGCCUCCGAUGGUAGCGACGCCUCAAUUAGUACAACAGCUGCAGACAAACCCAACUCCAGUACAAGUGAUAACUCAGCCUCAGAGCCAACUUCAGGCACAACUUCAGGUACCGCCUCAACCACUGCAACAACUGCCACAACCGCCACAACAGCCGACACAACCUCAGCAGCCAUUCGUGAGAAGACAACUGCAGUUAUCUCGUGAGCAGAUGUUGGCCGCGCAGGAGAUGUUCACGAACUCCAACAAAGUGACCCGACCUGAGAAGGCACUCAUACUGGGCUUUAUGGCGGGCUCGCGGGAGAACCCCUGUCCGCAGUUGGGAAAUGUGGUGACCAUUAAGUUGAGCGAAAAGGAGGAGGACGUGCGACAGAGCGACCAAACCAUUGAGCGCAUGGUUGUCGAGACCCACUUCCAGAUGAACUACAAUACCGGCGAAUGGAAGAAAGUGCAGAAACUCCGCAAAUUGGACCAAAACGUGCAAAACGCUCACACCAUUCAUCCCUACCAAACGCUACAGCAAACCGUUUAAUGCAUUCAUUCAAUCAUUUCUCUGCAAUUGUUUUCAUAAAUUUUCUGUAAAAAUAUUGUAUAUUUCGCUCGAAAUGACUGAAAUGUCUGUAAAUAUGAUUUGUUUUAAGAUAUAUUUACUAAUGAAAAUACCUUUUAUUACGCGAAACAUAUUAAGUCUAUUAAAGAAAAGUUUUUUUGGAG